ACUAUUGAAUAUAAAAGAGAGUUCGGUGAAAUUGUAAGUUAUUGGCGUAAGAAAUUAAAAUAAAUAUUUAAUAACGUACUUUAUAAAAAACAUAACAGGUUAUUUCUGAUUGUGUACAAAGUUCGCUAUGGCAGCGUUCAAGAGAUUUAAAAGUAUAAGAAUAUUUAAUAAUUAUAAGUAUAGUCCUCAAAUAUAUUCCAAAAGAAAUUUAAAUCUUCAAGAGUAUCACAGUAAAGAUCUACUAAGGAAACAUCAAGUUUCUAUACAAAAUUUUCGGCUUAUCGAUUCAUCCCUUGAUCCUAAAUCUCUUGCUGGAUUUAAAGCCGAUGAGUACGUUGUUAAAGCACAGAUUCUAGCUGGCGGAAGAGGCAAAGGACAUUUCGACAAUGGUUUCAAAGGUGGAGUCCAUUUGACUAAGAAUCCCAAUGAUAUUCUUGACUUGGCCAAAAAGAUGAUUGGACACAAAUUAAUCACGAAGCAAACUCCUAAAGACGGUAUUCUAGUGAACAAGGUGAUGGUCGCCGAAAGUGUUAACAUUAUGAGGGAGACUUAUCUCAGUAUUGUUAUGGAGCGCACAUACAAUGGUGCAGCCUUAGUAGCAUCUCCAGCCGGAGGCAUGGACAUCGAAAAUGUUGCAGAGAAGACCCCGCACCUGGUGAAAACUGUUCCAAUCGACAUACAUGAAGGAAUAACAGACAAAGUAGCCAAGGAAGUUGCAGAGUUUUUGGAUUUCAAAGGAGAUAUGGUAGCAAAGUGUGCCGAAGAAAUCAAAAAGAUAUGGCAACUGUUCCUUAAAGUUGACGCUACACAGUUGGAAAUCAAUCCGUUGGUUGAGACAGAUGAUGGUCGUGUUGUAGCUGUUGAUGCUAAAAUUAAUUUUGAUGACAAUGCAGAGUUCAGACAAAAGGAAAUUUUUGCACUCGAUGACACCUCGGGGACAGAUCCGAGAGAGAGGGAAGCUGCUACAUUGAAUUUGACAUACAUAGACAUGGACGGUAAUAUUGGAUGUAUGGUAAAUGGUGCUGGACUUGCCAUGGCAACCAUGGAUCUUAUCAUGUUAAGUGGUGGAAGACCAGCCAACUUCUUAGAUCUAGGAGGUGGAGUUGGCCAGGCCCAAGUAUCUGCAGCUUUGAGAAUUUUGGAAUCAGAUCCUAAAGUGAAGGCAAUCUUUGUUAAUGUCUUUGCUGGUAUUGUCAACUGUGCAACUGUGGCCAGUGGUAUUGUAGCAGCAUGUAAAGAAAAUAUGCCAAAACACCCACUUGUUAUCAGGUUAGAAGGAACAAAUUCUACACUUGCCAAGAAGAUUCUAGAGGAAUCUGGACUGCCAUUCAAGAUAAUUAAUGAUGCUGACGAAGCAGCUAAGACUGCAGUCAAAUUGGCUCAGUAAAGUACAUCAAAUAAAAACUGAACUAAGUAAAAACUGUUUUACUUAGUUCAGUUUU